GCAGUCUUAAUACGAUUAUUAUCUCAAUCUCAGGCGCCCAGACUCUUGCCAGCACGCAACCAUGGGCAACGUUCUUAAGAAGCUAUUCGGCAACAAGGAGAUGCGCAUCCUGAUGCUUGGUCUUGACGCAGCAGGGAAAACCACUAUUCUCUACAAGCUCAAGCUCGGUCAAUCUGUCACAACGAUCCCCACUGUGGGCUUUAACGUGGAGACGGUCCAGUACAAGAACGUCAAGUUCAAUGUGUGGGACGUUGGUGGCCAGGACAAGAUCCGACCCCUUUGGCGCCACUACUAUACCGGCACUCAAGGUCUUAUCUUUGUUGUCGACAGCGCUGACAGGGAUCGCAUCGACGAAGCACGACAGGAGCUGCACCGCAUUGUCAACGAUCGUGAGAUGCGCGAUGCAAUCAUUUUGAUUUUUGCCAACAAGCAAGAUCUGCCACACGCAAUGAAGCCGCAAGAAAUCACCGAAAAGCUUGGCCUGCAACGCGUUCGCGACCGAAACUGGUAUGUGCAGCCAAGCUGCGCAACGUCCGGCGACGGCCUUUACGACGGCCUGACUUGGUUGACCUCCAACUUCAAGGCUUAAAAGACCCACGCCAGUUUUUCCCCAAAACUCGACGAGAAAAGACAAACGGAACCGAAACAAAAGAGUGGCAAAAAUGAGCGGAGCAAACCACUCUUUCGUCCAAAACACUUAAACAUAUCCGAGGGCGAUGGCUUUUCACUGCUCCCCUUCCUUUUGUUUUGGCGAAGCGAUGGUUGUCUCUGUGUUGGUCUUGUAGGAAUGGUUGUGUGCAUGUACAUGUGGUGUCUGGUAGUGAUUUUUUUAAACUCUGUGAUUUGAGAUUGCAAUGUGUUGUGUUGUCUGCUUUGUGUGUUUUUUUGUUUGUGUUGUGCUUUUGUCUUGUUUGACACCAAGCGAUUUUUUUCCCCCC